AGGCUUUAAUGAUGAAAAGAAAAGAUUUUUCGCCAAACCGGAAGUAAAUACAAACAGUUCGUGAUUCUUUCCUGUGACGUAGCGCUAGCUGCCGAUGCUACACGCGGGAAAUAGGCGAAGCUGCUCAUCACAUUGACAAGCAUCAGUCGUCGCCUGAAGCUGAGAUGGGAGAAACACUGGAGUUCAACGACAUUUACCAGGAGUUCAAAGGCUCCUGGAAUGACGGGCGGCUGCGUUUCAACAAGCAAGCUGUGGUUUAUAAGAGCAGCAAGACGGGGAAGGUGGACAGCAUCCAGGCUAUUGACCUCAACCUUGCCCAGUGGAGGCGAGUGUGUUUAGGUCAUGGCAUCAAGCUGGGCACCAACUCGGGAAAUGUCUACAAAUAUGACGGCUUCAGGGACACGGACAUGGAGAAGAUCGCUGAUUUUUUCAAGGCCAACUACAAAGUGGAGCUAACGGAGAAGGACAUGUGUGUGAAGGGGUGGAACUGGGGAACGGCCAAGUUCUCAGGUCCGCUGUUAUCAUUUGAGGUAAAUGAAAGUACAGCGUUCGAGGUCCCACUGGCCAACGUGUCCCAGUGCGCCACGGGGAAGAACGAAGUCACUCUGGAGUUUCACCAGAACGACGACACCGAGGUCUCCCUCAUGGAGGUCCGAUUCUACGUCCCGCCCAGCCAGUCUGAUGAAAGACAAGAUCCUGUGGAGGCGUUUGCUGAGAAUGUGUUGUCUAAGGCUGAUGUGAUCCAGGCCACCGGAGACGCUGUGUGUAUCUUCAAAGAGCUGCAGUGUCUUACACCCAGAGGAAGAUACGACAUCCGUAUCUACCCGUCUUUCCUUCACCUCCAUGGUAAGACCUUUGACUACAAGAUUCCUUACACCACAGUCCUCCGUCUAUUCCUGCUGCCACACAAGGAUCAGAGGCAGAUGUUCUUUGUGAUCAGCCUGGAUCCUCCCAUCAAGCAGGGUCAGACGCGUUAUCACUUUCUCAUUCUGCUCUUCUCCAAGGAAGAGGAACUCAGCCUCACCCUCAACAUGAGCGAGGAGGACGUGGAGCGCCGUUUUGAGGGCAAACUCAGUAAAAACAUGUCGGGCUCUCUGUACGAGAUGGUCAGCAGGGUGAUGAAGGCCCUGGUCAACCGCAAGAUCACUGUGCCCGGAAACUUCCAGGGUCACUCUGGGGCUCAGUGCAUUACCUGCUCCUACAAGGCCUCCUCAGGCCUCCUCUAUCCCCUGGAGAGGGGCUUCAUUUAUGUCCACAAGCCCCCCGUGCACCUGCGCUUCGAGGAGAUCUCCUGCGUCAACUUCGCCAGAGGCACCACCACAACGCGAUCCUUUGACUUUGAGAUCGAGACAAAGCAGGGAAAUCAGUUCACCUUCAGCAGCAUUGAGAGAGAAGAGUACGGCAAACUGUUUGACUUCGUUAACGCCAAGAAGCUCAACAUCAAGAACAGAGGCUUCAAAGAGAAGAAGGGCAUGAAGGGUAAGAUUGAUGAGUACAGUGACUCAGACGAAGACCGGCACGAUGCCUACCUGGAGAGGAUGAAGGCUGAGGGCAAGAUCAGAGAGGAGGGCAACGACAGCGACGAAUCUGAUGGCGAAAGCGAUGAGUCGUUUAACCCCGGAGAAGAGGAUGACGACAUUGCAGAAGAGUACGACAGCAAUGCCUCAGCGAGCGAAAGCAACAGCGAAGACGGAGACGACAGCGGCGAGGAAGGCACAAAGAAGAAGGUCAAGAAAGUCAAAGUGGUGAAGGAGAAAAAAGAGAGGAAACCACGCAAAGAGAAGAAGAAGAAACAGAAAGAUGCCGGCGCCCCCAAGAGGCCGAUGAGUGCCUACAUGCUGUGGCUCAACGCCAGCCGUGAGCGAAUCAAGUCUGAGAACCCGGGCAUCUCCAUCACAGAGAUCUCCAAGAAGGCCGGAGAGAUGUGGAGACAGCUGGGCAAAGAUGACAAGGAGGAGUGGGACACAAAGGCAGUAGAGGCGAAGAGGCAGUAUGACAUAGCAAAGAAAGAGUACAAAGAGAGCGGCGGUGGUGCGGCCGGUAGUGCCGGAGCAUCCUCCAGUCCAAAGAAGGAGAGUAAAAAAUCUGGAGGUAAGAAGGAGGAGAAGAAGAGAAAGUCAGCCGGGGGAGAUAAGGACAAGGAGCGGGGCGGAACCAACGACAGCUUCAAGAGUCGAGAAUUCAUCGAGACCAGCGAGGACAGUUCAUCAGGCGCUGAUCACAAGAGCAAGUCCAAGAGGAAGAAGGAAUCCGAUGAAGAGGAGGAAGAGGCUGCAUCCACACCUGCCAGCUCAGAGGCAGAGUCUGACUAAACACACACACUUUUACCCAUCCGAGACACAAACCAAGGACCAAGCAUUUAUACUCUCCAUGUUGAUCUCACACAAAUGGACUGACAGACAAAUCAACAGACUUUCUCUUUUACAUGUUUUGCUUUAAGAGUACAAACAGACCGUGUAACUCUAAAAGCUCAUGUAAUGUUUGAUAUUCGAGCAGGUUUUCCUACUGUCAGCUCAAUGUUGGUAUACAGGUGUACCAUAUUUCCCAGAAUCCUCGAAGGGUUUUCUUUCAUCUCACCCACGAGGACGGUUAUAGUUUCAUAGCACUGAGGAGUAUAAGUGUUAUUAGUUGAUUUAAUGUGAACAAGGCAGAGGAGCAGACGCAAAGCUGUUUUGUUCUUGCUGUGUAGAACAUUUAAAUACUGCAGUUAGGUGUUUUUUUUGUGUUUUCCCAUGUCAUGUUUUCAGGCUUGAAUAAACAAAUGAACCAUUUUUAUUAGA